GAAAAGAGUCCUGUGUGCCACCCAAGAUUCUAGACAGUAAAGUGGAGGAGAGUUCCGAAGUACCUAUUCCAGAAGACACAUCGUCAUCUCCAACAGAUAUCCAACAGCAGUUAUGGCAGGUUUCCACAGAUAUUGAGAACACUGACAGAGAUAUGAGAGAAAUGAAAAACCUUUUAAGCAAACUCAGGGAAACUAUGCCUUUACCACUGAAAAAUCAAGAUGAUAGCAGCCUCCUAAACCUGACUCCCUACCCAUUAGUAAGAAGACGAAAGCGAAGAUUCUUUGGACUGUGUUGUCUUGUCUCCAGUUAGAUUAUGUACAGGAAUGACAAGAAAAUCAUAACUUUGAGUAAAACACUAUCAUUUGAGCACUGCAAGAUGAACAUUACUACUAUUGGUUAUAAAAUAUAUUUUCUACACUAGCCUGUUCCUUUUUCUCUUCUGCUCCAUACCCCUUUUCAAAGUAAAGA